UGCCCGCCCCCCGGCGCAAUUGGGAAAAGACGCCGGCCCCUUUGCCCAGGGGGUGUUCCAAGUGCGGCGUCCCGGCUGGUGGGCCGCAGCCGUAAACGGGUCGGGUCUCUUGGCGCCGCUGGUGCGGGGCGUCCGAAGGAACGGGUUGAUUCGCCAUGGGCGGUGUCGGAAGCGAAAGGUGGGCUUUGCAUGCCCUAUUUUUCAGGGGCGCGGUAUUCUUUGACGUUCGCAUUGUGCGCUGGCGGGCUCGUGGGGGGGUGGUGGUGGGGGGUUUUCCCCUUCGGGAAGUUGAUGCCGGCGCUCUUUCCCUUUCUUCGGUUCGCCGGCGCCCCAGGGUCGAGGCACUGA